AUGAAUGACUAUUCAGCAGAUGCAAAGGCCCAUGCCUUUCCCAAGAAACUUGUUUAUCAAAGCCGGUAUCUGAAGCGCCGCUCUGAGGCCAGCAGAAGCUCCACCCUGGCUGCUGGGACAUCAAAAUCAGAAGGGCUCUCCUCAGGAACAGGGUCUGCAGUAAGUGGGAAGCCGGAAGCAGACAGCCCCUCCUCUCUGCUGAGGCCUUCACAGUCCCCAGAGCCUCCCGAGGGCACCAAGAGUUCUGCUUCCUCCCCUGGAGGAUCCAUGCUCACCUCCGCACCUUGCCUCAACACUUCCUUCAGCAGUCUCAGUAACUUGAGUGUCGGCAGCAGUGGGAACACCCAUCAUCGAGCUCUCCCUGGCAGCUGCCACCUAGGAAUCCAGGGGGCCCAGCUGCCCUCCAGUUGCUCAUUCCCCCCUACCCCUAUCUCUGAGACCUCGCCAGAUCCCUUGCAGCUGAGUAAUGGCACAGGCAAUAGCAGCAGCCAGAGAUCUCCCUAUUACAGCCCUUUCCCUGCCAGCACCAGUGCGGGCCAGAACAGCGCCUUCGGCGGCCCUUUCUACAACUUCAGCAUAGUCAACAGCCUCAUCUACCCCUGGGAGGGCUCUGAGGUGUAG